AUGAAACUGCAUCUAUUCGUCGUUACCGCCACAGCCGUGGCCCACGCCGCCGCCGCCGGUGUAUAUUGCAGGGCCGGUUCAGAUGAUAGCGGGGGCCGUUGCGAGAAAAAGUCAACCAAAAACCACAAAGUCUACAGCUUUUGCUGCCAGCCCAAAGCAAGUGGUUCUUUCACGCUUUACAGGACACGGGCAGAACGACUUUCGCCUGGCAACGAUUUCCCGUGUAUUGGAACCGCCAAAUACCUUGACUAUGGGUAUAUUUACUGCGUGACCGACCCGCUGGGACCGCCGUGA